CCCUUGCUUGAGAGUGGAAAUGAGGAAGAAACUCCGGUCGAGCUCGAAAAGAAGAGCACACACGUGAAAUGGUACUGCUCGCUAAAAACUAAUACUCCGGUCGGGCUCGGCCAAUCCCCCCGUCUUCGUCUUCUUCCCCAAGAAAAUAUUUUUUGAUUAAUACAAGUGAUUCCCUCCCCCAAUUUCUCCCUCCCACUCUCUCUCUCAACCAUUCUUCUCCUCUAUCUCUUCCUGCAACCACGAGUCGAGUUUCCACCGAGCAUGGAUCAGGACGAUGAAGACGACUUCGAAGUCUCAGGCCCCAAUCAUAUGAGGACCAGAUCUCGUAUUGGCCGCCGUUGGAAGAUUGUUAUCGACUGGCAAAACCCGGAGCACGUCCGGUGCGUUGUCGCCUGCCUUGUCAAAGGCACGGGCGUGAUGGAGAGGGACAGAAUCAAGUGCAGGACGGACACCGAGGCGCUGGCGCCGCCAUGGUGGGAGAGUUUCGGUUUCAUCAGGCACAAAGUGUUCAAAACCGAGUCCAUCAUCAACGACCACUUCACCUACGGUGCCAUCUUCCAGCCCAGGGAGCCAUCUCGGUGUCCCUAUGCCCCAAAGUACGUGGUGGCCUUCCGAGGCACCAUGCUGUUCCAUCCCAAGGUCUUGCAAGACCUGAUGCAGGACGCCUUGGUGCUGUUCAACGCACUGGCCGACAACAGGCGAUUCAAGCGCACGCAUGUGCAUGUCGAAGAACUCAUCGGCAGUAACCCCGUCGGCUCUGUCUGGCUCGCAGGGCACUCCCUCGGCGCGUCGCUCGCGCUGGAAAUCGGGCGGAACAUCAUGCUGAAGAAGGGGGUAAGCGUCCCGACCUUCCUCUUCAACCCGCCGCACGUAUCGCCGGCGCCGGUGAUCAACAACCUCCCGGAGGAGCACAAGACUGUUCUGCACACAGGAAGCUACGCGGUGAAGUUCGUGCUCUCAAACGUUGUGCCCGGGCACCGCAAGCGCACCAAGAAGCUGUUCAGGCAGCUGGCCCCGUGGGUGCCGGAGCUGUACGUCAAUCCCGACGACGCCAUCUGCCUGGGGUAUAUCGACUACUUCGUGCAGAGGGAGCGGGUUUAUGAGAAGCACCCUCGCUUCGCCAGUACCGCGACGAGAACGUCAUACCGUGAUAUCCUCUUCUUCAGGACAUUGCGGUCUCACCUCCUGCCGUCGGCGAGGUUGUGGACGAACUCGAGACACAAGACGGGGGCGCACGGGCUUCGGCAGUGGUGGAAGCCAGACAGUGAACUGGCGCUUAGCAACACACGUUAUGUCUGCCCACUCAACUAACUCUUCUGCUUGACGCCGCUUUGUAUCCAAUCGAUCAUUGUGUGCAAUUGUAGUUCCACUACCAAAUUGUAGUCGGAGUAUUUGUUUGUGUGCCGUCUUGAUCUCCCCAAUGAACUGCUUGGGCUGACGGAUAUCCAGUGUAUGUAUGCUUGAAUUAUGUGUCUGAAAAGAAAAACAAAUUCAGCGGGACCGUUGGGUUCGACAUGUGAAA